GGCCCCGCCCCUCUGCUCGCGGUCUCUUCAGUCUGACUGAUCCUGCAGUGGCUGUAACACAUCAAAGAGGGCUCGCGUGCUUCACAUUGUCUCUCCCGCUGCAACCUGUCGCGUGAGGAUUUUCAAACACGAAACAGAAAACCGUUAAGGAUUUAAACUGUAACGGAAAUAAAUUAACGUUAAGGAUUUAAAUUGUAACGGAAAUCCGGUGGAGGCUGUGAGUGGUGUGGAGAGACCCCGCGCGCUGUUUAACUGAGGUGUCUGAGGUCACAGACUUGUACGCAUCAUGACCAGUCAGCCUUCUCUCUGCUCCAUUGGCUUCACCUACCUGUAACCCAGAGCCACGUUCUGCACAGACAGGAAGCGCAUUGCGUAAAAUGUCAGCGUGCAGUGAGUUUGCAGAGCACGUGUGGAAACCGGGAUCCUGUAAGAACUGCUUCCACCCACGUAGUGCCCACGCUAACGUAAAAGGCAGGAAGAGCUUGUGCGGGGACGAAGAGGAGGAUGAAGGCACCUCAGCAACCUACAUCAAGCCUACUAUCGCUGUCAAGCCCACCAUGAUGAAUUUGGACACAACAGAGAUGGCAGCGGAGUUUGCCAUUAACACACAGCAGGCCCAUAAGAGCCCAAUUGGACUGAAGAAUAUUGUGGAUCUGUCAUCUCUCUACAUCGACAGUAACGGCUGCAGUAAAGCUCUGAAGGAUGUGAUGCUGCAGAAUGGCAUUUCCACUAAGCUGGAUUAUUCAAGGACUCCUGUGUCUCCUAAAGCCCCGCCUACCACAGGCUGUGUGUUUAUCAUGCAGGAGGAAUGCCGCAAUCCCAUUGGUCUAAAAGAGAACUUCAGUCCUCAGGUGGCCAAAACACCCAAGUGCACUUACAUUACUUCCUGUGAUUCACUUUUACAUCAUCACAAACAGGAAGUGCAGGUCAUAACAAACACAGCAACAGGAAAUAUAAACGGGACUGUUAACAGUGCAUCCGCAGAGACACUCAGUGUUCUUUCAUCGCCCGCGGCAACCCCGGAAUCCCUUAAUAAUGCCAGUCUGACGGAUUUGUUUUCACGUGGCAGCAGUACAGACUCCCUGACUGGCCUGGCCCCGCUCCAGUCAGAGCCCAUCUAUGCUGAGAGCUCAAAACGGAAGUGCCGUCCUCGCCGAAACGCUGACGUCAUCAACGAGGUCAGUGACGAUGGGGAAGGUCAAAGGGCGACAAUCACUGUCAUGGCCGCCCACACAGAGGAGAACAACCGCACCUUUUACCUGAGCAGCCCCGAUUCCGCCGUUAGCACUCAGUGGCUCCGUUUCAGCCCCACGACCCCUGAUGACCCCUCCAGCCCUGUCUUCAGCUGGCCGUCUUCCCCUGUCGUCAUGGGAACGACCGCAGUGUCCACAGACCUGUCCGUGCAGACCGAGCCCAAAGCGAGCCCACCCAUUCCUCCCAAAAGAAACUCGCGUUCUCCAAAACUCGGCGCAUCUAGUUUAUCUCCGCUUCCUGAACUUAACUUCCACAUGACUCCACCCCUAAAACUGUCUCAGGGUGAUGCCCACUCCUCCUGCCCAGUUCUGAACAGCUUGUGGAGCUCAGAGCUACGAGCCAAGGAGGAGAAAAGGGAGGAGGAGAAGAAUAAAACAGAAAGAGAAUGGAAGGACAAGUGUGACUCUACGCCUGGCACCGAUGAGAGAAACAACAGUCCCAGUGAGAAACAAGUGGAGAUGAAAACUGACAGCAGCAGCAGUGAGCCCAGACCUCCACUUCCUCCACCCAAAAAACACCACCGCUCCUGUGUUAAGCUCAGUGUGAGCAGUAUGGAAUUGGAUCAGCGGGGAUCAGUGGAGUCACUCCCUCACUCAUUGAAGGAAAUGAGCACAGCCUCGUCAGAUAGCUUGCCGACCCUUUCCGAUUCUGUUGGUCAGGAGUCGACUCAGCGCUCCUGUCCCGCUCUGUUCCCAAGUCCGAGUCCCUGUCCCCCACCAUUACCGGAGAAAAAGCUUCUGAGCCGCACCACCUCCUCUGACACUGAAACAAAGGUCAAAGGUCAUGCUGUCACUUCCUGUUCGUCUCCUCAGCUCUCGUAUUCAUCCUCAGCAUCUCUGCAGACACUCCUGAGCAGUGGGGCAAGCCGGGAGAGUGUGUACGCACGGCUGGGUGGACUAUACGGCGAGUGCGUACGGCGUUUGGCGCUGAAGUGUGAGGAGCAUUUUACACACACACAGAAACACACACGCCGCUUCUUUAAUGAGCACGAGUGGAGUCUUUUCAAACUGAGCUGCAGCCGCGCCGUGUGUGUGACCAGGGACACUGCAUACUACCCCGCCUCCUGCUCCUCCGACACACACACACCUUACGCUGUCAAGAUCUGUAAAGGCAAUAGCCAGGACGUGAAGCGAUCUCACCUGUUUGGUCUGUCUGUGCAGCAGUCGAUCCCGCCCCACUUUAACCUGCAGCAGGACUGCGGUCACUUCAUCGCUUGCGUCCCUUUGAGCAUGCUCCCUGGCCCCGAAGAGACUCUAGCCCCGCCUUCUUCCCCACCAGAAACCACCCCCUUGGAUCAACAGGAGCGCGUGGUGGUGAUCACACGUGACGUGCCGAGUCAGAGUGUGGCAGACUUUGUGAGAGAGUAUGAGUCGUUCCAUCGCUCUCACCCCGAGGUGUAUGAGCGGCGUGUGUGUUUCCUCCUGUUGCAGCUCUGUAACGCUCUCGAGCACCUUAAAACUCACGGUGUCACUCACCGAGACCUCUGCCUUGAAAACCUGCUCCUGGUGCCCCAAAGACGACCUCUGGCCUCGGAUCCCACCCCACAUGAGUCUUUACCUCGCCUCCUAAUUAGCAACUUCUCCAAAGCGAAGCGGCGCUGUGAGACGGAUGAGAAGCAGCGAGCUGAGCUAACCCGCAUGGCGCCUGAGAUCGUCUCUGCGUCUCAGUACCGCAAGGUCGAUGAGUUCCAGACAGGUAUCCUGAUGUACGAAAUGCUGCACCUGCCCAAUCCUUUCGAGGCCAUCCCAUCUCUCCGAAACCGUCAUUACCGCAUUGAGGAGCUUCCAUCCAUCCCCUCAGUUUCCAUCUACUCAUCCGGACUGGAGCGUCUCGCCCGUAUCCUGCUGCGUCCAGACCCGGACGAGAGGAUCCAUAUUGCAGAGGCUAAGCGUGGCCUGCAGAGUCUGCUGUGGGGGCCGCGCCGAGAGCUCCUCGACCGCGUCACUGCUGACAACAGGAAGGACAAGGACCACGAAACGCUAUUGAACUGGCUGGAUGUGAAGCGUGCGCUGCUCAUGAUGAAGUUUGCUGAGCGCUCGCUGGAACCCGAGAAGAACACAGAGCUUGAAGACUGGCUCUGCUGUCAGUAUUUCUCAAGCACACACCCACCGUCCCUGCUGCACACCGCCCAGAUGAUGCACAUCAUUAAACCCUCACAUUGACGAGUGAGUGAGUGAGUGAGUGAGUGAGUGAGUGAGUGAGUGAGUGAGUGAGUGAGUGAGUGAGUGAGUGAGUGAGUGAGUGAGUGAGUGAGUGAGUGAGUGAGUGAGUGAGUGAGUGAUGCAUUCCAGUAUUGUCUGCAUUCCUUUCUCCAAUCCUGCUGUUUUUAAACAGGUCUUAUAGUCAUGAAACAGCGAGGCUUAUACGUGUCUGCUUUGAACACAUUAUUUGCAGAUGGUGCACUUUGUUUCAUAGGUUUCAGCUCUCCUGCUGGGUUUUAAAUGCAUCUUAAAAUCAUUCUCACUGCCACAGAGAGACUGCUGUGCUCCUGAGUGUUUGUGCGUGUGUGAUUAACACACAUGUGCUGAGUCAGCAGAAAUGCCACAGUAAAGACAGAGAGGGACUAAUAGCUGUGUGUUGAUAUUAAAUCUCUGUAUUACUGUUGAUGAGACAUUUCAUGUGCAUUUCUAUAAAUUUCAGCACUGACAUUACCUCAUAUUGUCUAGUGUUACUGUAAGAAUCGUUAGUUAAUCGCUAAGUUAAGUCUCUGCUGAUGGAUACAUUAGCGCACACUCUCUCUAGAGCUCAAUUAUAGAGAAUGCAGUUAUACAAUUUUUAUUAUUAACAUUUAACAAUGAGAUCCUGAACUCCUUAUUUGCUGAUGACCCUUAAAAUGCAUAUAUUAAUAGACAAAGUGCACUGAUUGGUUGUUAAAGAACACUGAGCACCAAUCAGAGUUGAGAUUUGCUGUACUGAGUCACACAGUGUGAAAAGCUUUGAUUCCUCAAACAUGAUGUUCAUGCCAUAUCUGAUUAUAUCCAAAUAACAUUGCAGGGUUAACAACAAUAAUUCUAAAUACGUCUAAAGGCGGUCUUCAUACACCAUGUUGUCAUGUAUUCAGACUGUAAAAAAAAAAAUGUAAAAAUGUAUAAAACUUGAUUUUCUCCAUAAAGAGUCAAUGUGAAACUGAAAUUUUACCCAUUCAUAAAUGUAUACGUAAACUGUGUGAAGCAGGUCUUAAUGAUGAUUCGUCUGAUCACUCAAAUGCCUGUUUGUCUAAGAUUAGCCAGUGUGUAUGCUGUUUGUUUUUACAGCCAGAAUUCAAUGCAAAAAUCACUGUAGUUAUGCUGUGAGUUAAAAACCAUGUGCUGAAUAUUAUCACCUGUAAUUAACCUGCUGGAAAUUCAUCAAUAAACUGUAAAUAUCUUUUCAGAA